GUAAAUUGUGCAUAUUGGAGUGUUUUGGAAUUUGGAGUGUGUAAACUAAUCUUGUGUUAAAAAAAAAAAAAUUAACAAUAACAAUAUUUAUUUAAACGAUAAUGUGAACUGUGAAAAAAAAAAAAAAACAUAAUUAAUGUUAUUUAUUAAAUAAUAAUUGACGUGACAAUGGCUCCAACAAUUCAAACAAACGGCAAUAACGAUGAUCGAGAUAAACGCACAAGACCGGUUGAAAAACGAUCGGAUCCUAUUUGUCGAGUUAAAUUUUGCAACACUCUGCCUGAUAUACCAUUUGAUGGAAAAUUUAUAUCUUAUCCAUUUGAACCAACGCGAUUUAUUAAAUAUAAUCCUACCUCACUUGAACGUAAUUAUAAAUAUGACGUAUUGACUGAACAUGAUUUGGGUGUUGAAAUUGAUUUAAUUAAUCGUGAUAUGUAUGGAGGUGAUUUAAAUGCACAAUUAGAUAUUGGUGAUGAAAAAUUACUUGAAGAAGAUGUAUUAACACCACAAGAUUCAAAACGUUCACGUCAUCAUGCAAGAAGUGUAUCAUGGUUACGUAGAACAGAAUAUAUAUCAACUGAACAAACAAGAUUUCAACCACAAACAAUGGAUAAAGUUGAAGCUAAAGUUGGUUAUAGUAUUAAAAAAAAUUUCAAAGAAGAAACAUUAUAUAUGGAUCGUGAUAGUCAAAUAAAAGCUAUUGAAAAAACAUUUGAAGAUAAUAAAAUACCAAUUGAAAAACAUUAUAGUAAACCAAAUGUUGUGCCAGUUGAAGUGCUUCCAAUAUAUCCUGAUUUUAAAUUAUGGAAAUAUCCAUGUGCACAAGUUAUAUUUGAUUCUGAUCCAGCACCAACUGGACGUUCAUUACCAGCACAAAUUGAAGAAAUGUCACAAGCCAUGAUUAGAGGUGUCAUGGAUGAAAGUGGUGAACAAUUUGUUGCAUAUUUCUUACCAAUGGAUGAAACAAUGGAAAAAAGACAACGUGAUUUUACUGCUGGUAUUGAGUAUGCUGAAGAAGAUGAAUAUGAUUAUAAAAUGGCUAGAGAAUAUAAUUGGAAUGUCAAAAGUAAAGCAUCAAAAGGUUAUGAAGAAAAUUAUUUUCUUGUUAUGCGUCCUGAUGGUGUAUAUUAUAAUGAAUUAGAAACACGUGUACGUCUUAGUAAACGUCGUCAAAAAGCUGGUCAACCACCUAAUAAUACUAGAUUAGUUGUACAUCAUCGACCACUAGAUGCUGAUGAAUUUAAACAACAAAGAUAUCGUGAAAAACAAUUAGAGCCACCAAAUGAAGAGGAAGAAGAAGAAGAAGAAGAUGAUGACGAUGAUGAUGAUGAAGAAGAAGAAGAAGCAGAAACAACUGAAAAUCAACAAGAUGGUAAAAAGACACCACAAGAAAAAGAAAAUAAUGGUUCUGAUAAUGAAGGCUCACAACGUUCAUCACGUGCAUCAUCACGAGCAUCCAGUGGAAAAUCUCGUUCACAAUCAAGAAGUGUUUCAAGAUCAAAAUCACGUUCACGAUCUGGUUCUAGAUCACAUUCUGGAUCACGUUCAAGAUCAGCAUCUCGUUCAAAAUCAGGAUCACGAUCAAGAUCAGGUUCAAGAUCAAGAUCAGGCUCACCAGCUGGUUCACAACAUUCUAAAUCACGUUCACCAUCAAGAUCACGUUCACGAUCAGUUUCUAGACCAAAAUCAAGAUCACGAUCAAAAUCAGCAGCAUCAUCACGUUCAAGAUCACCCAGUAAUAGUGGCAGUGGUAGUGGAUCUCAUUCAAGUGGUAGUGGCUCUGAUAGUGAAUAGAAUAAUAUUAUUAUUAACAAAUUUUCAUAAAAAACAAAAAAACAACAAAUUUCCUAAAUACACAUGUCUUAUCGUAUCAUUUUUUUUUUUAUGUAACAACGAAAAUUAUAAUUAUUUUAUGCUUUCUGAUCUAGUUUUUACGUGUUUUUUUUUUUUUUUUUCUUUUCAUUAAUUCAUUUUGUUAAAAAAUAUUUUAUUGCUCCAUAAAUUGAUUUAUAUUUCUAAUAGCUGAUUAAAUAAAAAAAAAAAAUCUAAAUUAACCUGCUAAAA